GGAGGGUGAGAAACUGAAGGCUUGAACAUGUGCAGUAGAAGAGUGAGUGAAGGCAGAAGUGUUCAGCCUUGGCUACGAGUAAGAAAGAGAAACAGAGCAGCAGACCCACACAACAGUGACAAAGACAGGAAGUCAGAUAACCGGCGUGGGAAAUGACAGUGUAUUUAUUAUUAUUUUUACUUUCCGGUUAGAAAGAGGACAGACAUGAAUGGUGAUGGAAGCAAACAGCGUUAUGUGUCCACUUUUAGGAUGCACAUCAAGGCUCCCCCUGCAUCAUCUGCACCGGGGAACGGACCGGGAAUUGUUAAAAUUUUGACCUCAGAUAAAACUACUAAAGCAGGGUCUUUGAACUCUUCCUGUGGUAAACGUCUAGAUCCGCCAGUCUUCAUAAAACCCCUGGAGGACUGCUGUGUGGACGAAGGAAGUGAUAUCGCAUUGCGUGGGGUUCUCACUGGGGGUCAGCCAAUCAAAGUGUCAUGGUUACAUAAUGGUGAAGCGGCUCGUUUUGGGAAACCCUCCUUCAACGGUAGAGAAGUGAGUUUUGUUGUUCGGGAGUCUUUGCCGGAGGAUGCUGGUGCUUACACCUGUUUGGCAGAAAACAGCGCAGGGAAGACAUCCUGCUGCGCCGCUGUGUUUAUCAGAGACUUUGAAACUAUCUGCAGCACGAAGAAGCAUGUUUCAGCCGUUCCCACUUCUCCAUCCGAGAGCAUAACUGAGAAUGGACGGCCACCACAGUCUGCCCCAGAUACACAACUACACAAGCUUAAAGGGUCGACUUGUACAUCCCCCACAGACUCCGAUAAGAGUCCAGUCUCAUCUCCAAGAGAAGUCGUUCCAAAGAAGAGAGCCAACUCAGGGACAGCUACACUUUUACACUUUGAAAACCCUCCACAGCACCUGGAGGUCAGGGUGGGACAACCAGCCCGUCUGACGUGUUUUUUCGAUGGCAGCCCACCUAUAGUGUCCUGUUGGAUCAGAAACAAAGAGCAGAUAGUGGAUGGUCCAGAGCUCUGGGUUGAAAAUACUGAUAAAAACAGCACGUUGGUCAUUGCAGAGGCUAAACCACAGCACACAGGUCGCUACACUGUGGUAGUAAAAGACCGGAAGAGUUCAGCACAACACACACUCACCCUCUCUGUAAUAGAAAAACCAGAACCUCCAGCGUCCUGUCCUGUGAUCUCCGUCAUCUCUGGUACCAGCCUUGUGUUGUCCUGGUCGGGUCCCUGCUAUGAUGGCGGCAGUGCCAUCCUAGGUUAUGUGGUUGAGGUAAAGAACGGAGGAUGUGCUGAAGCUGGGGACUGGAGCGAGCUCACCGCCCAGUGCACAAGUACCUCUUACAGAGUAUGUUCUGGGCUGCAGCCUCUGAAGGAGUACUGUUUCAGAGUGAAGGCCUACAACGCAGUGGGAGUAAGCGAGCCAGGACCAGUAUCACCAGUAGUUAAAAUGGAGCAGAAAGUUCCACAGAGAUCACCAGAAGAGGAGGCCCCUCAAACAUAUACCUGUGUCACAAUCGACUCUUCCCAGAAAGUCACGGAUCACUACAUCUUACAGGAGAAGCUGGGAAUGGGAAAGUUCGGACUGGUGUUUAAGCUAACUCACAAAGAAACAGGGCGUGUGUGUGCUGGCAAGUUCUACAAAGGCCGGCGUGCCAAGGAGAGGGAGGCAGCUCGAAAAGAGAUCGAGUUAAUGAACUACCUCCACCACCCAAAGCUGGUUCAGUGUUUGGCAGCUUACGACCACAAACCUGAGAUGGUCAUGGUCAUGGAGUUUAUAGCAGGUGGGGAACUGUUUGAGCGGAUUGUGGACGACAGCUUUGAGCACACAGAGCCCACCAGUGUGCGUUACAUGCAGCAGAUCUUGGAGGGGAUUGCCUACAUGCACAAGCAGAAUAUCGUCCACCUGGACCUAAAACCUGAAAACAUCGUGUGCGUCGACUCCACCGGCACCUCCGUAAAGAUUAUUGACUUUGGAUUGGCAAGCAGGCUCGAUGGAAACACACCUCUGAAGGUAAUGCAUGGAACUCCAGAGUUUGUAGCGCCUGAGGUGAUCAGCUAUGAGCCGGUGUGUUUAUCUACUGACAUGUGGAGCAUCGGGGUCAUCUGCUACAUAUUACUGAGUGGGGAGUCUCCAUUCCAGGGAAGCAGUGAUGCAGAGACUCUGGCUUUGGUCACUGCAGCUCAGUGGGAAUUCGAUGACGAGAGCUUUGAUGAUAUAACAGAUGAGGCCAAAAACUUCAUCAGCUCCCUUCUCAACAAGGACACCAGGCGGAGGAUGACCUGUGAAGAGGCACUUGCCCACCCCUGGAUGGAAACAUUUGACUCUGACGAUUCUGCCACCUCCAAGAGCUUAUCCAAGGAGAAGAUGAAGAGGUUUCUAGCCAGACAGAAGUGGAAGAAAGCAGGUAAAGCCAUGUUAGCCCUGAAGAGAAUGGCUCUGCUGUCCAAAUGUGAAAGCUCUGGUUCUACCAGCCCAGGAGAAGACUCACCACUGACCCCUGAGGCCGAACAUGCCCUGCUGUCUUUGGAGCGUAAGAUGCAGGGCCCCCCCCACUUCACCCACAGCCUCCAGGACCAGACUGUGACCCCAGGAUCCACCGCCCGUCUCACCUGUCACCUUACAGGGUACCCUGACCCGGAGGUGGUGUGGCUCUGUGGGGAGGAGCCUGUGGAGGAAUCAUCCACAGUGCAGAUAGAGUAUGAGGAAGACGGCCGAUGUACCCUGGUUCUGGCCAAAGUUUGCCUUGACGAUACUAAUGUUUACACCUGUAAAGCCACCAAUGACCACGGGGAGACAUUGUGCUCAGCUAAACUUGAUGUUCAAGAGUAGAUACAGUAAUGGAAAAAAGUUUUCAGACACCCUUAAAAAUGUCAAAUAUUAUCAUCAAAUAUUUUUGGAACUUUUUUUUUUUUGUGUUUCAAAAUGUGUGGCUGCAUCAGACAGACACAAACAAAUGCAAAUUAUUAUUUUUUGUUUAUUGUUAAAAAGAAAAACUAAAUUCUUGACAGUUUCAACAUGUCAUGUCCUGGAUGUGUUUCAUUAUCUUAUUGGAACGUCCCACUUUGACCUCGACAGAACUGAGCACAUGCAAAAGGGAGCAGGUGAAGAAUGGAGCAAUACUCAGUAGUGGUCAAUAGUCGCUUUUCCAUUGACCUUCAAAUUGCGCAAUUAUAACUUGCACAUAAAAAUUUACCUAAUUUAAAAAUGACAAUUUUGCCAAAAGUCUCAUUUUUCAAUUAAAAGUUAUUGCGCUGGCAAGAGGUGGUUUUUCAGGCAUAGCGCAAAUGGUAAAUCACGAAAAACUGUAAUGCAAAGACCUUUUUUGGCAACUAGAGUCAGGUGAAU